AUGUCGGAAUCAGACGAUGCCUACAACUUCUUGCUUGAAGUUUUUGCCGAUAGACAUGGAUGUGUUUAUGAUAUUGAGAUUCUCCCACCAGGAUUUGGUCCAUUGUUGCGCGAUGGCGCCAGUAUCGGAAUCACAAAACGUGCCCUCGCUCAGGCUUUUGUCAUAGCGAGAGGCAUUUUCUUCAAGUGGAAGAAUGCUGAUAGUGACAGCGCAAACAACGAAAAAUCCCCGGCAGAGGAAGGGCUGCUGUUUGAUGAUGUGGGGGUAAAAAUAGCCUCUGAGAUUAUUCUUCUUUUUGAUUCAGAACACUUAACAGCGUGCAACUGGCGGCGGCAAAGGCUUCUUAGGCUAAAGAAAAUAGCGAAAUCCGAUGAGUAUAUUGAAGCAGUACAAGAAGAAGUAUCAUUUACUACGACAUUGCUUCGAUCUCCCUUACAUCGUCAUGCAAAGUCUCCUACGAUAUGGCAUCAUCGAUAUUGGAUAAUGAUAGAAAUAUUCCAGCUAGGUAUUGAGCAUGCAGCAAAAAUAUUAUCAAAACCAGAAGAAGCAAGUCCUAUCGCCCUUCAAGAGGAUGAUGCCGUGGUCCGUGAAAUGUUCUUUCAGCACGAACUUGUCGUUGCUCUUCGGGCGGGAGAGCAACACCCAAUGAAUUAUUAUGCAUUCAGUUAUCUACGUCAGUUCCUCAGCCUAUCAACACCAGCUGAGUGUCAAUCAAGCUUAAAUCACCUGCAAUCUGAAGGGACGGAAGCGCUUGAAAUGGUGCACAAAUGGUGUUUGAGUCAUCCACACGAUAUAUCCGGCUGGAUGUUCCUUUUACACAUGCUUGAGCUUCUUAAUAACAAGGCAGGCCAAACAGCCUUUAUUGCAGGAACUGUCAGCUACGCUCUGGAUGUUGACUGGGAAGGGGAGGCGCUAUGGAUAUUCCUUAAGAUUUCUCUAUCCAGAUUUAAACUGGAUCUUACCUCCCUUGACUCUCGUAUCCUUACAGCUUACCAGCAAAAAAGAAGCACAGGCAUCCGUGACAGUAAACACCGCUGGAUGGACCUAGCUGCUCAAGCAAAAAUCGACAUCAGGGGUCAGAUACCAAACGUAGACCAACAAAGAAAUGUUUAG